AUGGUCUCUCUCCGCGGCGCUCCAACCCGCGAUGGCCAGUGGCCGGCGUUCCAGAUCGCCAGACAGGCUCGGAGGCGGUGUGUUCUUCUGGCGCAUCAACCAGGUGCCCCCAGCGCCCAGCAUGCCACCAAGCUCUCUCCACUUGCUUCUCCCCUUUUUUUUGUGGAGGCCAACUACACCGGCGCCGGCGCCAGCGCUGAACGGCUCAUUUUGUCCGUCCUGGAGAGCUUCGGAGUCUCACGCGCCUCAGUGCCGGAAGGCGCUCGGCUCGUGUGGGCCAAUUGCUUCGAAGCCAAGCUCUGGGCCUCGGCAGGGCAUUGCUUCAUCAACCACUUUCCUCGCUCGGUGGAGCUCUCGCACAAGCACCGGCUCUGUGCGACGCUGCGGCUUCAGCGGUGCCUCCCUCGGAGCUUUGUGCUGCCCAAGGAACGCUUCGAGUUCCUGCAGGCGAUUUGGGGCACUGUGAAGGCGAGGUAUGAGGACUUUGUGGUGAAGGAAGUGUCGCAAGAGGGGCAGGUGGUGGAGUUGGAGGAUGUGGAUCUCCUGGGGCAGUGGGAGCGCUGGAAACAGAGUGCGGGUGCAGGGCCAGUGGCUCGGAUGGUCUUGGCCAAGGAGAACCGCGACGUGGCAGACGCUCGCGCCAUGCUGGCGAGGAGUUGGCGCUUGCGACGGGAGGACGUUCACGUCCAUGGCCUCAAAGAUCGGAGGGGCAUCACCUAUCAACAUGUGAGUGUGCCCUGGUCAGCGCUAGGCCCCAAGCACUUCCCUCAGAAGGGGGCGGUGACUUGGGAUCCGGCUGUGCAGCUGGGUGAUUUGCGACGACAAGAGGAACACUGCCGGCUAGGGGCGUUACAAGGAAACCAGUUCACCAUCGCCUUGAGGGAUGUCGAAAUAGAAGGAGACGGUCAGCGUCUCAGUGGCCUGAAGCUGCUCCAGCGACCAGUGCUGCUGAACGAGCGGUUGCGAAGUGCGACGGAGCAGCUGCGCCGUUUCGGCUUCGUGAACUACUUUGGCCAGCAGCGCUUGGGCGGCUCACGCAGGUCGGGGCCAGAGAUCGGGCGUGCCAUCAUCACCCAAGACUACGAGCUGGCCUGCGAGCUGAUCGUUUGUAGCAUGCAUGAGGCCACGAGCGAGUUUCAGGAGGCCUUCCGGGCUGGCAGAUAUCAAGCUCUUCUCAACUUGAUGCCCCGGCGCUGCGGCAUGGAACGGGAGGUCCUGCGACACUUGUGGGCUGCGCCGUCUGUGGACUUUGCCGGUGCUGUCAGGGCUUUACAGACCCAGCAGCUCUUGCUCUUUGUGAGAUCCUUCACCUCUGACUUGUGGAACCGAGUCCUUGGGCGCCGUUUGUCAGCCUUCGGUUCCGAUGUUCUGCCUGGGGACCUCGUCUAUGACAAAGCCUCCUUGGUGCCGGAGCACCGGGGACCGCCCAAGGUGCGGCGGAUUGAGCCAGGCGAGACGGCCUUGAUCACGGAUGUGCUGCUGCCCAUCGCCGGCCCCAGGGAGUGGCAUGAGAACCUGUCGGUACUGAUGCGACAGAUCUACCAGGAGGUCUUACAGGAACAUGACCUGUCAAUGGACGAGCUUGCGCACUUGCUGGGCCCACUGGAGAAGAACCAUCGCGCAACCGCCUACAGGCAUUGUAUAGUGCAGCCACGCCAUUUGUCAGCUCGUGCCCUGUGCUACCACGAGCCCGCCGAGCGGUUUUUCAUUUCGGCGCUCGACCGCCUCAAGGGACGCAGCGUCUCCCACGAUGCCGUGCGGCCGCUGUGGACGGAAGAUGCCAUGCGCCACGCAGCGGGACAUUGUGGCCCAGAGUGGAAGGUCUGCGUUGUUGUGGAGAUGACCCUCGCCUCGGGGCAAUACGCCACGGUGGCCCUCCGAGAAUUCAUGCGAUCAAGGCCACUGAACGAGGCCUGA